AAGGAUUGGACCUUCGCUCUCCAGCUCUUCCAAUCUGACGUCACCGGCGGUCAGAGCACCUGAUUGGUCAGUCGGGAUCAGGAAGUCAUGGGCUGACUGUUGACAGCUCCUGUGCCGAAAGAACAUGUUGUAACUUAAACUCUCCGGCGAAAUAAUCCUUCACCAGUCUGCUGCCCUUCUAACUCCAGUCGUCCCCCGUAACGUUUUGCCAUAAAGCCUGACUUCCAGAAAUGGACGGCGGACCGGAAGCUGUUCCUUACUGCUGCGCCACCUGUGAGGGAGGAGAGGUCCCGGGCCGCAGCCUGGGUCGGCUCUACAAGAAGAGCCGCAGCCUGAGCACGUCGUCGGCCACCACCUACUCCGAGUACAGGAGGACUCAGUCACUUCACGGACCGAGCCCCGUCACCACGUUUGGCCCGAAAGCAUGCAUGCUCAAGAACCCUCAAGCUGUAAUGCACAUUCAGGAUCCCGCCAGUCAGAGACUGACAUGGAACAAGCCGCCAAAAAGUGUCCUUGUCAUCAAGAAGAUCCGAGACGCCAGCCUGCUCCAGCCUUUCAAAGAGCUCUGCAUCUUCCUCACAGAGGUGAAAAACAUGAUUGUUUACGUCGAGAAGAAAGUUCUGGAUGACCCGGCCAUUACGGGAGACGAGAACUUUGGAGCCAUAUCUAAGAAGUUUUGCACUUUCAGAGAAGAUUUUGAUGACCUGUCUAAUCGUGUGGACUUCAUCAUUUGUCUUGGUGGAGAUGGAACGUUGCUGUAUGCAUCUUCACUCUUUCAGGACAGCGUUCCACCAGUGAUGGCCUUUCACUUGGGCUCUCUGGGCUUUCUGACGCCUUUUAAAUUCGACACCUACCAGACUCAAGUCACCCAAAUCAUCGAAGGGAACGCCGCCAUCGUCCUGCGGAGCCGCCUGCAGGUCCAGGUCCUUAAAGAGACCUGGGAGGAGAAGGACGCCGUGGACGAAAAGGGGUUCAUCCUGACAAACGGGGAACAUGAACUGAGUCGUAAAGCCGUGCAGUAUCAGGUCCUGAAUGAGGUGGUGGUGGACCGGGGACCCUCCUCGUACCUCUCCAACGUUGACCUCUACCUGGACGGACACCUGAUCACGACGGUGCAGGGGGACGGUUUGAUUGUAUCGACACCAACAGGCAGCACAGCGUACGCAGUGGCAGCAGGAGCUUCAAUGAUCCACCCCAACGUCCCAGCCAUCAUGAUCACCCCCAUCUGCCCUCAUUCGCUCUCCUUCAGACCAAUCGUGGUGCCCGCCGGAGUGGAGCUCAAGAUCAUGCUGUCGCGUGAUGCCAGGAACACGGCCUGGGUGUCUUUUGAUGGAAGAAAGAGGCAGGAGAUCUGCCACGGAGACAGUAUUACCAUCACCACUUCCUGCUUCCCCGUUCCGUCCAUCUGUUUCCGCGACCCGGUGAACGACUGGUUCGAGAGCCUGGCGCAGUGUUUGCACUGGAACGUGAGGAAGAAGCAGAACCACCUCAACUCGGAGGACGAGGAGUUCUGAGCUGAGUGGGGGGGUUCAAUAAUUCCCCACAGGACUCUGAAUUAAAACUCCUCCGUCUUCGGUUUCUGUCGUUUGGUCUUUCUUGGACAGACAAUCGUCACCAAACUCCAUUCAAAGCAGGUCCGUGUGCUCCUCCAGGUCGUACUCUGGCUUCGUUAAUACAGGUGGAAAUGCUUUACUCCAGUAAAAAAGGUGUUUAAUCUGCUGAACGAAACGAAGUGAACCACCUCAGACGGACAAAUUGUAACGGUUCCAGAAAUUUCAAAAGAGAAUUUUCACAAAUUCUCGUAGACGGUGGUUCUUUUUAGAGCGAACGAGCCGCAGCCGCUGCAAUCCUCUACAAGGAUGCUCUGCAUGAUUUGAAUGGAGUUUGGUCUCUGUUUGUCCAGCUGUGAAAACUGUUCCCACGGAUUCAAGAUGCAGUUUUGGACAAAAAAAAAAAAAAACUACCUAAAAUCAAAUCAAAAGGAAAUCAACACUUAAAACGAACCAAAACAUGGUCAGGAUUUGUCGUCAUGUCUUAACGAUCCUCUCGAUGUGUCGUCAGGUUCACUUCAGCACUUUUUUUCUCCGUUUUUAGGACAGACAUCAGGAAGAUGUCAACUGCGUAAAAAAAGUUCCCUUUUUUAUUAUUCUGUUGAGGUGAGCAAGAGCUGCAUUCCUCUGGAAAUAUUUAGAAAAGAGAAAACAAAUUUGAUAAAUGUUCUCAAGGGUCCAACUGUGCCUUAAACACUGCAUCAUUAAUGUACAAAAUCUCUAUUUUUUUCAUGUUUACAUCAUUUACGUCUAGUUUUCUGUGGGUCGUACCGACAGCUGCUUGAUGGAUUGAUGCAGUGUGAAAUCUCUGUAGAGGCAGGAUUUAUUUCCACUCAGAGACCAAACUUUGUCUUUUUUUUAGUGUCUAGUUUUAAAGAUCUCCCUGAAGCAAUAGCCAAAUAUUUAUUAAACCUUUUUUUAAGACCAGUCUGUUGUUUUUCUGUGUGAAUGUUGAGGAAUUGUUACAAACUUUGUUGAAUUCAUCACUGUGCGGCCUACUUUAAGGUGUCCUACUUUACAAGGCUGUUGGGACAGAAUGUGCAUUUUAUAAAUCGGCUCAUGUGUUUAAAACCCUGUGAGCCCUAAAGAGCAAUCAUUCCUCCUUUUUAGGUGUAAAUAAAUGUAAAAAGCUGUAUUUUGUAAAGUCCACGUUUUAAUAACAGGUUUACAAUGUUAUUAUUAAUAGAAAUGAAUCUUUUUUUUUUCUUUUUUACACAUUGACAAGUUUCUCGUUGAUUUUUAUUAAGAUUUUUUUUUCUUGCAGGACAGAGAGGAAAUACAUUCCAAAACAAACUGUUUAGAAAAUUUCAUGAGAAAUUUAUUUGGUCUGAAUUGUUCUCCAAAAUUAAACCUUUUUCUUUUUUUUUUCUUCUAUUUGCUCUCUCAAAGUGCUUUUCACUUUUUGUAAUUCAGCUCUGUAACUUUUGUAUCUGCAAGUUUAUUAAUGUUUUUUUCCCCCAGAAAUUUUUAAUAAACAGAUUGUUAAAAACAAAAA